UCCUCCGGCCAAAUCCGGCACACGCAAUGCCUCGGUCGGCGGAAUGUUCGAUGGAGCUUCCAUUCAUUCAUGCUGGAUAUAGGCUAGGCUAGGCUAGGCUAGGCUCAUUUUGCAGUCUUGCACGCGGUAUGAUGCUUUGUGAUAUUAAUGAUAUGUUUAGAGUGCUGUUACGCUACAGAGAGAAAGAGAGAGAGAGAGAGAAAGAACACAUGUACUUCUACAGUGGAUGGCACGUGUCAUGUCAUUUGUGUGGGCUCUGGGCUCGUGCUAGCGUUGCAGCAACAACCUCGCCGUGGGCACACGACAGUUCCUCGAAUUACUUCUGCUGGAAGUCUCUCAAGUCAUCGCAGGUCAGCAUCGCAGCGUGACCGGUCCACGACGUCGGAACCACUAUUCUCCGCGCGUGAUGGCUCAUGGAGCUUCGUGAUGCGCAAAAUGAGGUCAUGAAUCACCUCAGGCCUGACAAGACAAGUUUGUGAGUAGGGUCGCUCAGGCCAUCUGU